GUGAAGACACACACAGUGACAACUGUUGGUCAAUUUUGUAUUCUUUGUUGCAGAUAUUAUAGUGGUUAUGACGUGAAUAUUGCAUAAACACUGAAAAUUGUAUGUAGUCCUUAAAAGUCUUUGGGAUUUUACUGGAAAUGUGGUCAGUGUGCUUACAAAACUAGUCUGGUUCAUAUAUUGUAUAUAGCAUUGAAGACGUGAUAAACAGAUAGAUGUUCUCAACUUUGAAUUUAUCAAUACAAAAAAUGUACGCAUUGAGCAAUAUGCCGCACACCCUUGAUUUAUAAAUGGAGUCGAAAAUUCUGCUGUAAAGAAGUAGAACUAUCAGAUGGUGUUUUGGACCAUCUUAUAGAUGUAAUAAAAAAAAUCAUUCAUUACGGAAUGGAUAUUUCCAGUUUGCUUGAAGUCCAAGUUAGAGAAAUUCCGCCAUUGGCAACUUCGAUUUCAGACACUACAACAAAGGCACCAGUAAGUUUGAAGCCUUCUCAAAUAAUUAGCCAUGAUGAAACUGUGUUCUUUAACAAAUUAUUCGGAAAUGAUAUUGCUCAAGUACGGUUUCGACGGCUUCAUUGCACAGCCUGUGAUGCACAUAUUGGAUCAGCACCAUUUGAUGCCGAAAAUAUGCAUGAACAUCCUAUAUUAAAAACACUCCUUUGCUCAUCAUGCCGAAUUUUUUAUGGUGACGGAGAAUUUGAACAAGGAGAUGAUGCUACUGAUAUGUUUUGUCGUUGGUGUGCCAAUGGUGGAAAUCUUUAUUGCUGUUCUUAUUGUAGCAAUACAUUUUGCGAUAAAUGUAUAAAACGUAACUUUGAUUCGGUGAUACGUAAAAAAAUAGAAGCUGAUGAAAAGUGGAAAUGUUUUGUUUGUGAUCCAAAAGACUUAUAUGUUCAUAGAGCUGUUUGUAGAGCUUUGUUAGAGCACGUUAGGACAUUAGCUAGGAUAUUUAUGACAGAUCGUUCAAUGUCUCAACAAGAAAUAGAAACAAGAAUGGAGUUAGAUGAUAGUCAAUGUUGUCUUGGUCGAAAUUUUAAGCGUAAACGUCACAAUUCCGAUUCAAAUGAUGAGGACAACGAUUUUGAUGAUGAUGAUUAUAAUGAUGAGGAUUAUGAUGAAAAUUAUGAAUCUAGAUCGAGAAAAAGAAAUAAAAAUGGAUCUCGAAAACGACGUAAAUCAUCAUCAUCAUCUAUAGCAAAAGAAAAACCACAAGCUACAGUAAAUGGUACAUCGAGAUUUAUUCCAAUUGCACCAAAAUAUAUUAUACAAGAUGUAAUAUCCACUGGAAAGGAUAAAUCUGAUGAACAAGAUUUACGAGCUCCAUUAUUAUGUGAACAAACAAUGAUUGAAUGUGAAAAUCAAACUGUUACUCCACAAGGUAUCGUUGUACCCGUUACUAAAUAUGUACGAUCAAAAAUUCCUGAUUCCAUUUUAAACAACACUGCUAUUUCUCUUAAUCCAAUACCAAAACAAAAUAUUAUUCAUACAACACAAAGCCAUAGUAGGCCAAUAGCAAUACGUCCUUUACACAAAGUCAAUUCGAUUCCUUCUGGAGCUAAAAUUCAUAGAUUACCAACAAAUACUAUAAAUGCUAAUUCAAUAGUAGCCAUUCCUGCAGGAACACCUAUUAUAACGAUGGAUACAUCUAAAAGCACAACAUCUAAUAGCACAACAUCACAAUCUGGAAAUUAUUUAAGAUGUAAAGAUUUAACUAAAAGUCUAAAUGUAAUAAAUAUUGAUAGCGAUUCAGAAGAAACAACGAUAGUAAGACCAUCGAAUCCACUACAAAUUGAAAAUGAUGCAAAUGAAAAUUCUGAAUUAGUUGAAAAAAGUGCUAAAUCGUUAACAUCUUCAAGAACAAUUAAUUUUCAAGAAGCAAUUGAUCAUCCUUUAAAAAAAAUUGACGAUCUACUUCAAGUAUUUCGUAAACAAUUAGAAUUAGAUUUUGAAACAAUGGAGCGUACUCCAGGCGAUGAUGUUGUAGAUAAUCGUCAAAAAAUCAAAAUUAUUAAUGAAAAUAUUGAAAAGAUUGUUAAUGAAUUGACAGCCUUUAAUAAUGUUAUGGUUUCGAAAUUUAAACCAUGGAAAAAAGCCCAUGAAAAUGGAGAAACAUUCGAUGAUUCUACAGAAAUGAUAGUUUUAAAUAAACAUGAACGAUCUAGUAAAUUUACGACUUUAGACAUGGAGUGUGUAAGAGACUCUGAACCAGAUGAAGAAUAUGAAGAUGAUAAUGAUAUGGAUAUUAAUUCUUUAUUAGUUUUCUCUCAAAAAAUAAACAAAAUAAUUGAUAUUAAAGAUUUUAUUAGUCAAGGAACUUUGGCAAGAAUUGAAACUGAAGAUAAAGCCAUUCAAUGUUAUGAUAUUCCUAAAGAAGUUGAUUUUGAUAAGUCAAUUGGUUAUUCUUUACUAAUGAAGGCAGAUUAUAAUGAUAAAGAAAAUACAGAAAUUUAUAAACCAGUAAUUAUUCAUGAUAAAAAUUUUGGAAAAUAUGAAGAGCAAUUUAUCUUCUAUUUACAACAUCUUGAAGAUCGUAAGAAUUUAUGUGAUGAUGAAAAUCCUGAAGAAAUGAAAGAAUUAGUUGAUUUAAUUGACACAGAUUUAGAAAAGAAUAAUCUAAUGAAAAAACUAAAUAGUGAUAAAUUAAUUUCUACGACAAAAGUAACGAAGAUUAUUUCUUCAGAUAAUUUAAAUGAUAAUAAUGAAAAUUCAUCAAUUAAUAAAAAUAUUAAUAUUUGUAAUGAAAAUGAAAAAAUUUUAUCUGAAAAACAAUUAAAGGACUCUACAGAAAUAAUAAGACGAAGAAGACGAAAAGAUAGUCAUGAAGUUAAAGAUAAUGAUGAGAUUGUAAUCGCAGUAAAUUCUUUAAUUGAUGAAGAGGAUUGUGUUAAUCGUUGCAAUAAUUGGGAAAACUUAUCGAAUGAUGAUGAAUGUACUAUCUUGGACUAAACAAUUGUACUAAUUCAAUUUUUUUUUAUAAUAAUUAUAUUUAUUACAUUUAUAAUUUUUAGAGCUAUUUAUGAUACAAAAAAUAGUGUUAUAAAAAAAAACCAAGUUUAUAAAUACACUCUAAUAAUUGGAGGAAAAAUUUUAAUGUAAUAUUCCUUGAAUAAAAAUACAAUCCAUUUUGGAUUAAUUAAAAAAUGCUAAAUAAAUACUGAUAUUAAUAACUAUAAUUAAUACUGAAUUUAAAUAAAUAGGUUCAAAAACUCGAAUGCGUUAAA